GUCGACCAGCCCUCAGGCGGUGCGACAGCGGACAGCGCUCAGGCCCCGAGGCGGACGGCGGGCGCCGGACCCCAGUCAGGUGGAGCGGGCGCCCAGGUCUCCGCCCUCAGGCGGAGCGACAGGUCUCAGGCCCCCAGGCGGGAGCGUGCGGCACGGGCGCCGGACCCCCAGAUGGAGUCAACAGGUCUCGGGCCCUGGCAGGCGGAGCGGCGGGCGCCGGACCCCCAGGUGGAGCGACAGGCACGACAGUGGGCUCCGAGUCAACUGGGCAUGACCGCUGGCACUGGGUCAGACAUUGGAUCGUCUGGCUGGACAGCGGGCAUCGGGUCACCAGGCAUCAGGUCAUUUGGCUCGACCAGCGGGCACCACCGCGUCAUC